CGAAGCAUUACCGUUCCUGCAUAACCUUUCAGGGUUGUCUCUUGUGCAUGGAUAUACCAGAGUAUAUUGUGCUGACACUCAGUCUUAUAGCAUGUCUUGCGAGAAGCAGUUUAUCCCCGAUAACGACCAAUCCCUCUAUUGCUCCAAGGACUGCCGCCUAAGCGACCAGGAAGGCUUCGGGGCCUCCUCGCCCUCAUCUCGCAGCUGGGUCGGUUCGAACGCUCCAACUCACUACCCUUUCUACUCGGCCUUCUCAGAGCCCCGAGACAUCAUCCCCCGCGCAUCCCCAUCCCGUCCCAACUCAACAUAUGUCUCCCCACCUACCACACCGGGAACCGGCCACUCCUCAGCCAUCAAUGCCCUCAAGUCUUCCCUCUAUGGCGGAAGGCCAGCCAGCCCCCCCUCGCCGCCACCUGUAGGCAGCUACCACGCCAACGUUUGGCCUUUCUCGAACCGGAGCUCAGCUGCGAGCCCCAACAACUCGUACUCGAACCAGCAGUCCGGUUUCUUCCCUUCUACGUACGACGGCCAUUACUAUGGCGGUAUGGGAGAUGCCUACAAUGACCGACCGCUACCAAGCCGCAGGCCGGGGAUUUACUCGAGGCCAAAGAGCAUUGAGCUUGUCACCCCCUUGGUAGGGAGGUAACAAGGCAGGACACACACAGCAGUCAUGUGAGCGAUGAGGGGGCGGGUAAGAGGAUGCGGAUGUCCUU